CUCAACAGGAACUUGAGAACAAAAUAAUUGUGUUUCUUAAAAAUGAGCUGGACAAGUUUAAGAAAAUAUUGAAAAGAGAGAACACACAGUACUUUGUGCAGGACUUUAUAGAGGAAAUGCGUGAUAUCAAAGAAGCAGCACUUGAUAUGACACUCUUCUUCAUGAGAGAUAUGAAGCAAAUUGAGGCUGCAGAUGCUCUACAAGAUGAGCUGAUCCUCAUUCAUCAGCGACCACUAAAAUCAAACCUGAAAAAGAAGCACCAAUCUGUAUCUGAAGGAAUAGCAAAGCAUGGUGACUCCAAGCUUCUGAAUAACAUCUACACAGAUCUUUAUAUGACUCUGGGUGUUAGUAAACAAGUCAAUACCCAACAUGAAGUAAGACAAGUUCAGGCUGCUGACAGGAGACAUGAAUCAGAAGAGAUUCCAGUUGAAUGCAAAAAUUUGUUUGAAGCACCUGAAAAAGACAAGGAGAUCAGAACUGUACUGACAAAAGGGGUUGCUGGCAUUGGAAAAUCCAUCUCUGUGCAAAAGUUUAUUGUGGAUUGGGCUGAUGGAAAAGAAAAUAAAGAUAUUACUUUCAUAUUUCCUCUUGCAUUUCGAGAGAUGAACUUAAAGGAGAAUGAAAAACAAAGCUUGUCAGGUCUUAUGAGUCAGUUUUUCCCAGAGAUAAAAGGACUCAACCUUGCAAGAAAUGAUAAAUUUAAAUUCCUGUUCAUCCUUGAUGGUUUGGACGAAUGCCGUCUUCCUUUGGACUUCGAGGGUAAUGAGAUUUGCCGUGAUGUAUUGAUACCAGUCUCUCUGGACGUUCUGCUAACAAACCUCAUUAAGGGAAAUCUGCUUCCUUCUGCUCUCAUCUGGAUCACCACCAGACCAGCAGCUGCCAUUAAAAUUCCUCCUGAAUGUAUUGACCGUGUGACAGAAGUACAAGGAUUCAAUGAUGCACAAAAAAAGGAGGAGUACUUCAGAAAAAGAUUCACAGAUGCGGAUCUGGCAAAUGAAAUUAUUGAUAAUGUUAAACAAUCAAAGAGUCUUUUUAUCAUGUGCUACAUCCCAGUCUUCUGCUGGAUUUCAGCCACUGUUCUUCAGAACAUUUUGGAGGAGAAAAGAAAUAAUGAUAUGAAAAACAAUAAGGCUGAUGACGUCUCCAAAACACAGCGGAGAUCAAAUACUGAAGACACUCCCAAGACUCUGACACAAAUGUACACACACUUUCUCCGCUUUCAGAUCCUGCAGAGUCGUCGUAAGUAUGAUGGAAAAUACACACCAGAUGUUUCCUGGGAUAAACACGCCAUGCUUUCACUGGGAAAACUGGCAUUUCAUCAGUUGCAGAGAAACAACCUGCUCUUUUAUGAUAAAGAUCUGGAAUCCUGUGGUAUUGAUGCCGAUAAAGCAUCAGUGUAUUCAGGCAUGUGUACCCAGAUUUUUAAGGAAGAAAAAGGAGUUAUUCUUGGUACCACUUUCUGCUUUGUUCACUUGAGCAUUCAAGAGUUUAUUGCAGCCCUUUAUGCACAUCUAUUUCUAGACCACGAAAAAAAAAGUGUGUUUGUUAAUCAUGAGUCUACGGAACAGGAAAACAAAAAUGAAACCAUGAUUGAUUUGCUUAAGACUGCAGUGGACAAGGCACUCAAGAGUGACACUGGACACCUGGACCUUUUCCUUCGCUUCCUUCUCGGUCUGUCACUCCAGACCAAUCGUCCACUCUUACGAGGUCUGUUAACAGAGCAAGAUGACAAUGGUGAGAACUACAAGGAGAUAGUUCAGUACAUCAAGCAAAAAUUAGAAGAUAAUCUGUCUCCAGAGAGAUCCAUCAAUCUGUUCUACUGUCUGAAUGAACUGAACGACCAAACUCUGGUAAAAGAGAUUCAAACUCAACUUAGAGAAGGAAGUCUCUCAUCUGCUGACCUUUCACCUGCCCAGUGGUCUGCUGUGGCCUUUGUUUUGUUGACAUCAGAGGAAGAGAUGAAGGAGUUUGAGCUGCAGAAAUUCAAACAAUCAGACGAGUGCCUCUUUAGGCUAUUGGAAGUUGUGAAAAUUUCCAAAAUAGCUGUGUUAAACGAUUGUAACUUAACAGACAAAAGCUGUUCAAGUCUGGCUAAAGCUCUUGAAUCAGAUAACAGUCUGGAAGAGAUGAAUAUGAACAAUAAUAAUCUACAAGAUUCAGGAGUGAAGUCGCUCUGCAGUGGACUGAAGAGUGUAAAAUGUAAAUUGGAGAUACUGAGUCUCAGUAAGUGCAAUCUAACAGACGGAAGCUGUUCAGAUCUGGCUUCAAUUCUCAGUUCAGACUUCAGCAAUCUAAAGUAUCUUGACCUGAGCAACAAUAAUCUGCAGGAUUCAGGAGUGACACUAAUCUCUGAUGGACUGAAAAAGAACUGUAAACUACAGAAGCUCAAACUUUCUCACUGUAGUGUCGCUGAAGAAGGUUAUAAAGCUCUGGCUUCUGCUCUGAGCACAAACCCUUCACAUCUGAUAGAACUGGAUCUCACAGGAAAUGAUCCUGGACAAUCAGGAGUAGAGCAUCUCCUUGAUGUACUACAGAAACCAGACUGUAAACUAACAAUAAGGUUUUUGAGUCCUGAAGCAGAGGAUGUCUGUCAGAAACUAACUGAUGUUCUAGGUAAAAACCUUUUACUCGUAAGAGAGCUGAAUCUGAAGGAAUGUCAACUGGGAUACUCAGGAUUGAAGAAACUUGUUCCUGUACUGGAGGAUAAACACUGUAAACUCAACACGAUGAUUCUGAAUGACACCGAUAUAACAGAAGGAGAUUGUUGUGCUUUAGCUGCAGCUUUAAAUUUAAAUCCUUCAAAUCUGAAAGAGCUGGAUCUAAGUCAGAGUCUUCUCAAAGACUCAGGAAUGAAGAUCAUUUCAUCUGUGUUUGCAAAUGUAGAGUGCAGACUGGUAAAGCUGAAGUUUAAUCACAUUUGUGUUACUGAAGAAGGUUGUGCUGCUCUGGUGUCAGCUUUUAAUUCAAACCCUUCAAACAUCAGAGAGCUGGAUCUGAGUGAGAAUAAAAUAAGAGACUCUGGAGUAACACACAUCUCCACUCUACUGGAAAAUUCACAGUGUUCACUGCAAAUACUCAGACUUUCAGAUUGCAGUAUCACAGAAGAAGGUUAUAAAGCUCUGGCUUCAGCUCUAAAAUCAAACCCAUCACACCUGAUAGAGCUGGAUCUCAGAGGAAAUGAUCCUGGACAAUCAGGAGUGAAGGAGCUCAGUAAUUUACUACAGGAGCCAAACUGUAAACUAAAGACACUGAGGUUUUUGGGUCCUGCUGCAGAUGAAGCAUGUCAGUAUGUGAAUAGAGUUGUGGGUAAAAAUCCGUUACUCCUGAGAGAACUGAACCUGAGUGGACGUAAACUAGGAGACUCAAAUGUGAAGCAGCUUACUGCUCUACUGCAGGAUAAACACUGUAAACUCAACACACUGAUGAUGAAUAAUAACAGUAUUACAGCAGAAGGUUGUGAUGCACUGAUCUCAGCAUUUAAUUCAAACCCUUCAAAUCUGAUAGAAUUGGAUUUGAGUGAAAAUAAACUAGAAAACUUUGGAAUAAUGAAGAUUUGUCCUCUGUUAAAAAAUACACAGUGCAGAUUGGAGAAACUCAAACUUUCAGACUGCAGUAUCACUGAAGAAGGUUAUAAAGCUCUGGCUUUAGCUCUGAGAUCAAACCCUUCACACCUGAUAGAGCUGGAUCUCACAGGAAAUGAUCCUGGACAAUCAGGAGUGAAGCAGCUCCUUGAUGUAACACAAACACCAGACUGUAAACUAAUACUGAGAUUUUUGAAAAGUGCUGCCGCACAGGAAGCAUGUGAGCAUCUCACUAAAGUUCUAGGUAAAAGUCCAUUACUACUGUCAGAACUGGAUCUGGGUGAAGAUAAAUUAGGAGAUCUGGCUGGAGAGAAGCUCUCUGCUCUUUUGAUGGACUCUCAUAGCAAAGUAGAGACAAUGAAGCUGAAUAAUUGUGAGCUGACAGAGAAAAGCUGUUCAGUUCUAGCUACUGUUCUCUCCUCCAAAACCAUCCUAAAAGAGCUAAACCUGAACAACAGCCGUCUGCUGGACUCAGGAGUCAAAGAGAUCUGUGAGGGACUGAAGAAUCCUGUGUGUGAGCUGAAGAUACUAAAGCUCAGUAGUUGUUAUCUAACAGAGGACAUCUGUUCAGCUCUGGCUUCAGUUCUCAGUUCAGACUCCUGCAGUCUAAGGGAUCUUGACCUCAGCAAUAACCAGAAUAUGCAAUGUUCAGGAAUGAAGCUGCUCUCUGAUGGACUGAAAGAGAACCGUAUACUGAAGAAACUCAUACUUUCUAACUGCAAUAUUACAGAAGACGGUUAUAAAGCUCUGGCUUUAGCUCUGAGAUUAAACCCUUCACACCUGAUAGAGCUGGAUCUCAGAGGAAAUGAUCCUGGACAAUCAGGAGUGAAGGAGCUCACUGAUUUACUACAAGAUCCAAACUGUCAAUUGAAGACCCUGAGGUUUUUGAGUCCUGCUGCAGAUGAAGCCUGUCAGUAUGUGACUGAAAUUGUGGGUAAAAACCCGUUACUCCUCAAAGAGAUGAAACUUAGUGGGCAUAAACUAGACUUAAAAAAAGUAAAGCAACUUGCUGCUCUACUGCAGGAUAAACACUGUAAACUGAAUACUAUUCAACUUUCUCAAUGCAGCAUUACAGAAGAAGGUUAUAAAGCUCUGGCUUCAGCUCUGAGAUCAAACCCUUCACACCUGAUAGAGCUGGAUCUCACAGGAAAUGACCCUGGACAAUCAGGAGUGAAGGAGCUCAGUGAUUUACUACAGGAUCCAACAUGUCAGCUGAAGACACUGAGGUUUUUGAGUCCUGAUGCAGAUGAAGCCUGUCAAAAUGUGACUAAAAUUGUGGGUAAAAACCCAUUAUUCCUAAGAGAACUAAAUCUGAGUGGAUGUAAACUAGAUUUAAAAAAAGUAAAGCUCGCUGCUUUACUGAAGGAUAAACACUGUCAACUCAACACACUGAUCCUGAAUAAUAACAGUAUUACAGAAGAAGGUUGUGCUGCUCUGACAUCAGCAUUUAAUUCAAAUCCUUCAAACCUGAAAGAGCUGGAUCUGAGUGGAAAUAAACUAGGAAACUCUGGAAUUAAGAAGAUCUGUACUCUGUUAAAAAUAUGCAUUGCAGACUGGAAAAAUUGGGGUUCAGAGGCUGUGGAAUGACCAGUGAUGGUUUAUCUGCUCUGGCUUCAGCUCUGGUAUCAAACCCAUCACACCUGAGAGAGCUGGACCUGAGUGGAAAUACAUUAGGAGACUCUGGAGUUGAAAACCUUAGUGUUGUACUGAGCCACUCACACUUCAAACUGGAGAU